AUGAGUGUUAAUAACAACAAGAAAUGGUGCCACCAAAGUCUGUUGAAAAGUGCGGCAUUCGUUUGCAUUUUGAAUCUGGUACUCUUCAUGGUUCGUUUCCAAGGCCUGCCGCAACCAAAAAGUGAUUUUGUUAUCAACGAGUAUCGACAAAAAUAUCAAGGAACUUUGAUGAACUCCAGUAGUGAUAUGGGAGCAGAAGUGUCAGCUUCCAGUCCUCCAAGUGAAAGUCUGAUGCCAAUCAAACAACAAUGUGGGGUGGAAAAAGAUGACGAAAGCAACACAUUUUCCUUUCGAGGAACGUGGGUGGAAAAUCCAUCCCUUGGAGCUGCUCUAGAUGAACAGCAGCAAGAGUUGGGAUGCAAGCAACCACUGCUCAGCCCUUAUAAUACACAUCGUUGCUGCUCAGAGAGAGGAACCGACUAUCUUCAGUCAACGUUCUGUCCUGAGAUGGAUACCACACAGGCAAUUCACUCAUUCCUAAAUGCCACACAACGCAAGACUGUCUUGUUCUUGGGAGACUCCAUGACAGAGACCAUGUUUGCAUCUGUGGGACUGGCAAUGAGGGCUCUCCAGAUCCCGUUCCGACAUAUUGUCAAAAAGAAUCAAUAUGAAGAGCUCUAUGUGGUGCCUUCCUCUAACACAACCAUUCGCCUCAUCAAAGCUUAUAGGUUGGACGAUGUCAACCGAACAGGGAUGAACAUCCAAGAGCCAAACUCAACGCACUUUAUUAAGGAUGACAUUCUACAAGCAGCCCUCCAGCAAACACAUGUCUUUCUUUCCAACUUUGGCUUGCAUCAUUGGGGGAAACCAGAGUACCACUACCGCCAAUACAAACAUGUCCAAGAGCUUGUCCUCCGGGAAAACAAGCUUCGAAGCAAUCCACUCUGUUUGCUCUGGAGAAGGACAAUGCCACAACACUUUGCUUCCAAAACAGGAGGAGGGGAAUGGGGUGACAGGGUGCCAACAUUUGGGUCCUACGGAUGUGUACCACUCAAUAGAACAUGGCACCAUCCAAGUGACCAGGCACUUGCCAGGAUUCAAAGGGAGUUCAACCAUAGUACAGCCACUCUGGACUUUACUUCCAUCCUACAGGAUGCUCAUGAGUUCCAUUCACGAAGAAAGGGGGCAGAUUGCUCCCACAUGUGCUACUCCCCUCUCAUUUGGAAUCCUAUUCUCCAUGUUACAGCCCAAGCCAUCCAACAGUCUUGUCAUUGA